UAUUCCUUUCCUCAUUCCUGUGUUGUCGCCAUUUUGUUUAAAGUGUAACGUAAUACUUGAGAAUCCUUUUGGUUAAUUAUCACUAACCAUAUUAGUGGGAACGCUUUCAAUUGUGAAUAUAUAAGUGUUUCUUAAUAUUGUGCAGACGUAUAUAGUGUAACAAGAUUAAAAAAAAAAAUGGAUAAUCAAAGGGAAAAAGAACGGGAUCGUUCUAGGCGCGGAGACAGGCCCUCAAGGUUUUCAGAUGCUCCGAGAGACCGAUCAAACGAUAGAGAUAGAUCGGAAGGGAAACGUUUAUUUGUAUCAAACAUUCCUUAUGAAUUUCGCUGGACUGAAUUAAAGGACUUGUUCAAGGAAAAGGUUGGAGAUGUAGCUUAUGUUGAACUUUUUAAUGAUGAGAAUGGCAAGCCUAGAGGAUGUGGUGUAGUUGAGUUCACUAAUUCAGAAGCAAUGAAGAAAGCUCUUUUUGUGAUGCACAGAUAUGAGCUUAAUGGUAGAAAGUUGGUUUUAAAGGAGGAAACAGGUAAUGAAAGAAAUAGACUGAAUACUUCAAGAUCAGGAAAUGGUGGAGGUGGAAGAAAUAUGAGAGAUGAGAAAGAUGGAUGGGGAGUGAACAAACCACGAGAACCAGAGAACUACAACACCUAUGGCCUUAGUUUACAGUUUUUGGAAUCAAUAAAUGUACAGCCACCUUUGGUUAAGAAAGUAUUUGUCGCAAAUCUGGACUACAAAGCAGAUCGUGCAAAAAUUAAGGAGGUGUUUAAAAUGGCAGGCAAGGUACGAAACAUUGAUCUAGCUGUGGACAAGGAUGGCAACAGUCGAGGUUUUGCUGUCAUUGAAUACGACCAUCCCGUCGAAGCUGUACAGGCUAUAUCAAUGUUCGACAAACAAAUGUUGUAUGAUCGUAGGAUGACUGUUCGUAUGGACAGAGGUGUGUCUGAUAAAACUGAACUUAGACUACCGGAAGGCUUAAAAAGCAUUGGUGUAGGUUUGGGUCCCAAUGGAGAACCCUUAAGAGAUGUGGCCAGGAAUUUGCCACAAAAUUCAGCACCAAAUAAUUUGAACCUAGCAAAUGCUGGUUCAACAAUAGGUGGUGGGGUUUUAGGAGCUGUUCCUACAGCAAGUGUGGCUUUAAAUGGUCUUGGAACGGGUUUAUCGGCUAAUACACUAGGUACAAAUGCAGCACUUAGUGGAAGCUUAGGAUUGCAGGCAUUGGGUCUGACUGGUCUGGGAGCAUUACAAAAUCAACUUUUACAACAAGGCUUGACAGCAAAUGAUUUGGCAACGGUAUUGACGCAAGCUCAAGCUGCAAACGUUAACCCAAACAAUAUGGGUCUCAGCACUGCCGACUUAAGUUCUAAUGUUCUUGGAAAUUCCAGUCUCACCGGUAAUGUUUUAGGACCAAACUCAACUUUGAGCAGUGGUCCACUCUCUGAUUAUGAUUUUUUACCAGGUACGAAUCGUCAACUAGGUGGAGUGUCAGUUCCUGGCCAGGGUUAUGGUCGUGAUUCCGGUGCUCCUCAAGGAGGUCGGGAUAAGCAAUCUGACAUGGUCAUUAUUACUAAUCUGCCACCAACAGUAACUUGGCAAUUGAUUAGAGAAAAGUUUAGCGAGUGUGGUGAUGUAAAGUUUGCAGAAAUGACUGCCCCUGAUACAGCAAUCGUUAGAUUCCAUAAAGAAUGGGAUGCAGAAAGAGCAGUCAAAAUGUUUGACAGAACACGUAUUGAUGGCAGGACUAUAGAUGUACGUUUCUUCUGAGAAGCAUAAUGAGCAGGAAUAUGGUAUUGAAGUUGGUCUCUUGGUCGCAAACUGCUUUUCAUCAUCGUCUUAAGUACAUCUGCUGCGUAAAAUAUUUCUUGACAAUUAUUUGUAAUUAGGCUAUAUUAGAAUAAGUCAUGUCUUUUGCUUACAUUUUGUGGGUCUAAUAAAUGAGUUACACUUAAUUUUAAA